GAGAUCUGGGGCGAGGAGCAGCGAGGAGAAAGUGGGGCAGUCUCGCCUCUGUACGGAUCAUAAUGCAUCCUGUCGGCGGUGUAAUGUGUUCAGAGAGGAGGAGGAGGAGGAGGAGUGUGUGACCGGAGAGCAGAAUGGUUCGGCGGAUGGGAGCGCUCACGGUUCUCGCCGCGGUCGCUCCGUGCUCCUCCGUCUCCGUGUCCUCCUCUCCGCCGCCCUGCUGCGCCCACCUCCGGGUACUAUUUGUCCGACUCGUCAUUACAUAACCCGGCGUCUUUAGCCGCUUUCACUGGCUUCAUUUCUCCAGAGCUUGCAGGAGCAGCAGCAGAAGAAGACUCGGCCACUAUCCAAGCAGGAUUUCAUGCCGGACUGGGCUGCCUUUGCUGGCGUGUAGGGCUGGGCAUUUUAUCCAUUCUUUAGGAUAUAUCGGUAUAUUUUCACAGGACAUACAGGAAGAAUCGUGGGAUAUCUAUUUUGAGUUUCACCAUCCAUCUAAAAACUCUCCAGGCAUGAUUUUUGGUCCAUAUCUCUCAGCCCUGCUGUUGUGGACUAGCAUGAGGGUGGAAACCUGAGUCCAGCGGUGAUGAGAGCUCACUCCGGGUGGAUUUGGCUGGUGUGCUGCCAGAAGCAUCUGGAAAGGAUAACACAGGGAUCCACUCCCCCUCCGGAGAACCAGAGGAUAAUUCACAUCUCAGAUUUUUCGCUGUUUCAGCUCUGAGUGUUGUCUUUUAUUGUGAAUUUGUUUUGAUCACAUUGGCACUUAAACCCUAACCUGCCCUGUUGGAUAUUUCCUCUGCUUUGGAUUAGUCCUGCAUUUGACAAGUGAAAGCAAACAAACCCUGAAUCCAGAUCAGUUUCCUGCAAGGUAACUAUGCAGUGAAGAUGUGUGCGGCCAGGUUCGGUGGCUGCAUCAAUGGCUGUGCAGAGGAGGCCGCUGGAGGGGCCUCCGGGGCCUCCGGAGCUGCUGGUCCCGUCACAGCCUCCAGGAUGCAGGACUGGACGGAGACAGGGCCCCGCAUCCUGCACAGCCUGGAGAUGGGGACGGUGAUGACGAUCUUCUACCAAAAGAAGUCCCAGAGGCCCGAGAGGAGAACCUUCCAGAUCAGGCAGGACACGAGGCAGAUAGUGUGGAGCCGAAACCCGGACAAGAUAGAAGGGGAGGUCGACAUACGAGAGAUCCGGGAGCUGCGGUUGGGGAAGGGCUCCCGCGAUUUUGAGCGCUAUCCGGAGGAGACCCGUAAGCUGGACUCCGCCCACUGCUUCAUCGUGCUGUAUGGCCUGGAGUUUCGUCUCAGGACACUCAGCGUGGCCGCCUUCAGUGAAGAGGAGGUCAACAUGUGGAUCACUGGUCUGAACUGGCUCAUGAUGGACACUCAGAGAGCGCCUGCACCUCAACAGACAGACAGGUGGCUGAGGAAGCAGUUUGAAGUCAUGGACAGGAGUCACGAGGGCAGCAUCACAGUGAAGGACGUGAAAACUCUGCUGCCUCAGAUCAACUACAGGGUGCCAAACAUGCGCUUCCUCAAAGACAAGCUGCAGGAGGUGGAGGCCAGGAACGAUCUGUCGUACCCGAACUUUGCACAACUCUACAGAACUCUGAUGUUUGAUGCACAGAAGACUAUUAUUGAGCAGCUGGAGCUCUCCUUCCCUCUGCGGAAUGUUGACAGACCCGAGCUUUGUCAGAUCUCCCUCUAUGACUUCCAGAAGUUUCUACAGAUGGACCAGAAGGAGUCCUGGGCAUCUGAUCUGGGACGUGUCAGAGAGUUUCUCAUGGGGUACAUGAGGGGCGGCCCGCAGCCUGAGCCCAUACUACAACUCGAUGAGUUCCUGACGUUCCUGUUCUCUAAAGAUAACUCAGUGUGUGAUCCUCGACUCUCGCCUGUCAUUGCUGAUGACAUGAAGAGGCCGCUGUCUCAGUACUGGAUCUCCUCCUCACACAACACGUACCUGACAGGUGACCAGUUUUCCAGUGAAUCAUCUCUGGAAGCAUACGCUCGCUGCCUGAGGAUGGGCUGCCGCUGCAUUGAACUGGACUGCUGGGAUGGACCUGAUGACCUCCCAAUCAUCUACCACGGCCACACGUUGACCUCCAAGAUCAAGUUCCUGGAUGUGCUGCACACCAUUAAAGAACACGCCUUCGUCACAUCUGAGUACCCUGUGAUCCUAUCCAUCGAAGAUCACUGCAGCGUGGUCCAACAGAGGAACAUGGCCACGCACUUUAAGAAAGUGUUUGGAGAUCUGCUGCUAACGAAGCCGGUUGAUAACAACGCAGAGGAGCUUCCAUCACCCUACCAGCUCCGGAGGAAGAUCCUCAUCAAGCACAAGAAGCUGGUGGAAGGCACAGUUUAUGAAGAGGUAACGUCAGCCAGCUACUCUGAAAACGACAUCAGCAACUCUCUGAAGAACGGCAUCCUCUACCUCGAGGACCCCAUCGACCAUACAUGGACUCCACAUUAUUUUGUCCUGACAAGUAAUAAGAUCUACUAUUCAGAAGAGACGUCCCACUACCAGACAGCUGAUGAAGAGGAGGAUGAUGAAGGGAAAGAGGAGUGCAACAACAAUGAGCAGCACUGUGCAGAGCGCUGGUUCCACGGGAAGCUCGGCGGAGGUCGUGAUGGUCGACAGGUAGCUGAGAAGCUCUUGCAGGAGUACUGUGAGGGCGGAGCCAAAGACGGGACCUUUCUUGUACGGGAGAGUGAGACGUUUGUUGGAGACUACACCCUUUCAUUCUGGCGCUCAGGUCGAGUCCAGCACUGCAGGAUCCACUCCCGUCAGGAGUCCGGCUCCACCCGCUUCUACCUGACUGAUAACCUGGUGUUUGACAGCCUCUACCGCCUCAUCUGCCAUUACAGGGACACACCUCUGCGCUGCAACGAGUUUGAGAUGAGACUAGGAAACCCUGUACCUCAGCCCAACGCACACGAGAGCAGAGAGUGGUUCCACUCCAGUCUGUCCAGAGUUCAAGCUGAACACAUGCUGAUGCGUGUUCCCAGAGAUGGAGCUUUCCUGGUGCGAAAACGCAGUGAGCACAACUCCUUCGCCAUCUCCUUCAGGGCGGAGGGUAAAAUCAAACACUGUCGGAUCCAGCAGGAGGGCCGUCUCUUCAUGCUGGGAAGUUCAGCAGAGUUUGAGAGCUUGGUCGAUCUUGUGAGCUACUAUGAGAAACAUCCUCUGUACCGGAAAAUGAGGCUACGCUAUCCGAUCAAUGAGGACACGCUGGACCGGAUGGGCACUACGGAGCUUGACUACGGGGCGCUGUAUGAGGUCCGUACUCCUCAUUUCUAUGUGGAGGCCAAUAAGAUGCCAUCAGCACGGUGUACGGUCAAAGCUCUGUACGACUAUCGAGCUCAGAGGGAAGACGAGCUCUGCUUCCCCAAACAGGCGCUAAUCCUCAACGUGGACAAGCAGGAGGGCGGCUGGUGGAGAGGUGAUUAUGGAGGAAAAAAACAGCUGUGGUUUCCUGCAAACUAUGUGGAGGAGGUUCCCUGCUCUCCCACCAGAGAACUCGAUGAAGUGUCCACAGAGAACAGUCCUCUGGGAACCUUCCUCAAGGGCUUCAUUGAUGUGCCCACCUGUCAUGUAGUGGUGCACAAAGAUGGGAAGAAUUCACGACCCUACGUGUUCACCAUCCACUCCCAGCACCUUUCCUCUCACCCAGUUCAGACUUUGGAUGUGGCGGCUGACAGCCUGGAAGAUUUAACCGUGUGGGUCAGCAAGAUCAGAGAGGCCACACAGAACGCCGAUGCUCGGAUGCAAGAAGAGAAACAAAUGGAGAGGAGGAAAAAGAUCGCCGUGGAGCUGUCUGAGCUGGUGGUCUACUGCAGACCAGUCCCCUUCAACGAGGACAAGAUCGGGACGGAGAGGGCGUGUUAUCGGGACAUGUCCUCUUUCCCUGAGACAAAGGCGGAGAAGUUUGCUACACGCAGCAGAGGAAAGCGUUUCCUGCAGUACAACCGCAGACAGCUCUCCAGAGUUUACCCUCGAGGACAGAGGCUGGACUCAUCCAACUAUGACCCCCUACCCAUGUGGCUGUGUGGCUCCCAGCUGGUUGCACUCAAUUUCCAGACCCCUGAUAAACCCAUGCAGCUGAACCAGGCUUUAUUCAUGCUCGGUGGAGGCAGCGGCUACGUUCCUCAGCCGGACAUCAUGAGGGACGACGCCUUCGACCCUUUUGACAAGGACACCUUACACGUGGAGCCGAUCACCAUCCAGCUACAGGUGCUAGGAGCCCGUCAUCUGCCCAAAAAUGGUCGCAGCAUCGUCUGUCCCUUUGUGGAGGUGGAGAUCUGUGGAGCCGACUACGACGGCUGCAAGUGUAAAACAGACGUCGUAGCUGAUAACGGUCUGAAUCCCGUGUGGCUGCAGAGGCAGUUUGUGUUCGACAUCCACAACCCCACCUUCUCCUUCCUGCGCUUCACUGUCUACGAGGAGGACAUGUUCAGUGACCCAAACUUCUUAGCACAGGCCACCUACCCUGUCCGCCUGCUGAGAACAGGUUAUCGGAGCAUCUCUCUGAAAAACAGCUACAGUGAAGAGCUGGAGUUGGCCUCACUUCUCGUCCACAUAGAGAUCGUGAAUGCAAAGGAGGAGGACGAUGAGAACCUUUACAUGUCCAUCCAGCGGCUGCGAGAUAGAACCAGCGAGCUGUCGAACCAGGUUUCCCUUCUAGAGAGGUCUGGUUCAGGAGAUCUGAGCUACCAGCAGAGUCUGGAGGAGCUCAGAGCGGCUCAGGAUCAGCUGAGCGAGCUAGUGGAGGCUCGAAACCGCAGGUUGGUGGAGAAGAAGAGGAGGGAGAAGCUGAGGCAGCAGGUGGCAGCAAAGCGCAGCUAAUUCUCCCGUCCACCAGAGUGCGCUAAACUGCAACGCAAACGGUGCCUGAAGCUGUGCAGGGACUGUCUGAGAGCACGCCACGCUCUCCACAGCAGAGAGGUGCAGAAAAACAUUUAUAACUGGAAAGGAAGAGAGUAAAAUGUGAGAAUAAGAGCACCGAGUUGGAGUGACAGUAGAGGAAAGAAAAAGAAAAAGAAUCAUCUCAUGGACUAAAAAAUAAAACCUCACUAAACUAAGCUAUAAAACAAUCAUAAGCUGAAGGCUGAAACAUGUGAAGAGUAUACUGGAGAUGAGUUUAAAUUGAGCAUACUGAAGAGUUGAAAGGUUUCUGAGAGGUGCUGCAAAGACAAGCAGACUGAUUAUCAGAAAGUUGUUUCCUAGAAGAUUAACCUGCAGCAACAUUGACCACUGGAGAUAAGGAGUAGCGCUUUGCUUUGUGUUAUAUGAUCAAAAACUGAAAAAUAUCCAUGUUAGAGCCUUCUUUCUAUUAAAAAGAGGCCGCCUUGUACUUUUGGAGACCUUUAGAUGAUUUUAAAGGUCACAGUAGGAAUCCUACAAAGGGACAUGAGCUUAAAAUAUUAAGUUUUAGGUUCACUAGAACAUUUCCCUUGCGCACAAGAUGGUAGUGCAUAUGCUUCAGAUAGUUCUUUUUUUCCAGUUUUUCUUAAUAGCAUACACUUGUCUCAAUAUCUCAAGAGUGUGAUGCUUUCUGUUUGCAAAUUAAAUUUUGUUAUGAGCAUUGAGAGCAUAAGAGACUUUCUUGUGAGCUCAGGUUUGUUACUGCUGCUUCCCAGAGACCAUUGUUUUAUUUUUACUGUCCAGGACAAUAACAAGGGGAUGAAAUAUUCAAUUGCAUUGAUACUUGCUUGCACUUCCAAGCAUACUGCAUUAAUGCUUCAUUGUGCGACAGCUGCUCAGUGACAAGCUAACAUGCAACUGUGACACCGAAGCGUCUAGUACAUUUUUACCUAGUGCCAAUGUCUGCCGUGUCUGUAAAAUUUUGUAGAUAUGUGCACCCAGGCAAAAAAAUCAGUGCACUAGAUGGGGUGUGAUUGAAGAUCAAAAACAGGCUUUAUUCUGUUGCAGUUUUAAAGGUCACACUUUUUCAAGCUUUUCCAAAAAAAAAUAUGCACACUCGGCCUGUCCACAAUCCCCCCAAGAAUCAUAAC